AUGGCAAGCCGAGUUCGCGAAACCAUCAUGGAGUGCAUGAGAGAAGCUCAAUCCUCCGGCGCCGACGACGAGGACAGGUGCCAGGCGCUGCAAACCCUGGCCACCAUCACCAACAUCAGCCCCCAAAACCGGAACUUGGUGGCUCAGAUCGACGGCGCCGUCUCUUCGCUUAUCGGCCUCUCGAAAUCCGCCGCCUCGCCUCAAAAUGUCCAAACUCUGGCGCUCUCGGUGCUCUUCAACCUUUCGCUUAAUCCCAACUUGAAGCAAUCUUUAGCUCAAAAGGACACCAUUUUCCACCUCACUUCUCUCAUCGACUCGCCGGAAUCCGCCAAACUCGCCGCCUCCUACCUCUGUAGCCUUGCCAUGUUAGACAAGAAUAAAGCCAAAUUCGGCGUUGCCGGCACCGUUCAGGUUCUAGUGAAGGCGAUAUCCGGGCCAUGCGGGCCGGCCAGCCACCACCUCCUCAGCUCUCUGGCCGAGCUGGUGCAGUUUCACGGCAACUGCACGCUCGCGGUCCGGGAGGGGGUGGUGCCGGCUCUGAUGACGCUGGCGGAGAGCGGAGACGGGGAGGAUCUAGCCGGAACUGCUCUAGCAAUUCUCGGGCUUCUGGCCCGGUUCGAAGAAGGGCUGAGCGAGCUGAAGAAGACCGAUAGGAUCGUGGCCCGAAUGCUGGGGAUUUUGAAGAGCGGCUGUUUUCUUAGUAAAGAAGGGGCGGCUGAGAUUCUUCUCAGGUUGUUUGACGACAGCGAAAAAUGCUUCAGGGCCGCUGCUGAACUGCCGGAGUUUUCGUCGGCGCUGGCGGAGAUUUCAGUGGGUGGUUCGGGCCGGCCCCGGGAGAAGGCCAGUUUGCUCAUGAAAAAGGUCAUGGAUGCUGACCUGUAUUGA